AUGAACUCCAACUCCUCGAGCACGUUAGAUCUCGAACACGGCAGAUCAGAAAUUCGGAAAAGAUUGACUGUGACAUUUCGUGGCCUAAAUGUCCACGUCACAGCACCCGAUGCAGCUUUGGGCGAGACUUUGUUGUCAGUGGCAGAUCCCCGGCAGCUGUUAAGUGUAUUCCGCAGAAACGAAAGACCGAAAAGGACCAUACUCAAGGACAUUACUGGUCAGGUCAGACCGGGUGAAAUGAUGCUUGUUCUAGGGCGACCUGGAUCUGGUUGCACGUCGCUUUUACGCACCCUUUCCAAUGACCGAGAUUCCUUCGACGAAGUGGUUGGCGAAAUUCGGUAUGGAAGCAUGAACCACAAAGAGGCAAAAAGGUUCCGGCAGCAAAUAAUGUUUAAUAACGAAGAUGACAUACAUUUCCCAACUCUGACAGUUAAUCGGACGAUGAAAUUUGCGUUGCGGACAAAAGUUCCUCGCGAACGACCGGAAUAUUUGCAAAAUGAGAAGGAGUUUGUUCAACAGAAACGAGAUGGAAUCUUAGAGUCACUUGGUAUUCCACAUACCAGGAAGACAUUGGUGGGAAAUGAGUUUAUUCGUGGGGUUUCUGGAGGGGAGAGAAAACGAGUAUCUCUGGCUGAGGUGAUGGCUGGACAGAGUCCUGUUCAAUUUUGGGAUAACCCCACUCGAGGCUUAGACUCCAAGACAGCCGUUGAAUUUUCACGCAUGCUAAGGCGAGAAGCAGAUGAAAAUAGCAAAACCAUCAUCGCCACAAUGUAUCAGGCCGGAAACGGUAUCUACGAUGAAUUCGAUAAAAUCCUAGUCCUGGCGGACGGUCGAGUUACCUAUUAUGGUCCCCGCCAUUUGGCACGAGAAUAUUUUGAAGGUCUGGGAUUUGCGUGUCCUAAAGGGGCAAACGUUGCCGAUUUUCUCACUUCCGUAACAGUACUCACCGAGCGAAUUGUCCUUCCUGGAAUGGAAGGCAAGGUGCCCAAUACUGCCGCAGAAUUUGAGACUGCUUAUCGCCAGAGCGCAAUCUAUACAAAGAUGAUCGAUGACAUUGUGGAACCGGAUAAACUAGGCGACGAGAAGGAUGACAUUAUCAUGGCGGUCAGCAAUGAAAAGAAAAAAGCCCAUAUCCCGCGUCCCCAGAGCGCCUAUACUGUUAAUCUUUGGGAUCAAGUUAUCGCUUGCACAAUUCGUCAAUUCCAAAUCAUGAUAGGAGACAAGCUCUCACUCGGAAUCAAAAUUGCAUCUGCUAUCAUUCAGGCACUUGUGUGUGGUAGCUUGUUCUACAAUCUGCCGCUUGACAGUUCGUCCGUUUUUCUGCGGCCGGGGGUACUUUUCUUCCCAGUCUUGUAUUUUUUACUCGAGUCACUUGGCGAAACAACUGGCGCUUUUAUGGGUCGUCCAAUUCUAUCUCGCCAGAAACGGUUUGGUUUUUACCGUCCAACAGCCGUUUGUAUUGCCAAUGCCAUCACAGACAUCCCUAUUGUCUUUGCGCAGGUCUCCUGCUUCUCGUUGAUUCUCUACUUCAUGGCUUCGCUUCAGAAAGAUGCCGGGAAAUUCUUUACCUUUUGGAUUAUCGUCUCUGUGAAUACGCUCUGUUCGAUGCAACUUUUCCGAGCCGUUGGUGCCGUAUGCAGGAAAUUUGGGAAUGCAUCCAAGAUAUCGGGGCUACUCUCCACCAUAUUCUUUGUAUAUGGAGGCUACCUGAUCCCGUUCGAGAAAAUGCACGUCUGGUUUCGCUGGAUAUUCUACCUCAAUCCCGGCGCUUACGCGUUUGAAGCACUGAUGGCCAACGAAUUUAGCGGACUUGAACUCAAAUGCGUAGAGCCGGACUACAUUCCUUACGGACCUGGAUACUCGAGCACCGUGUCUCCAUCUCGCGGUUGCUCUGUAGUCGGCAGCAACGAGAACGGCAUCAUCGACGGGGCAACCUACGCACGAGAGCAGUAUCACUACUCCUCGCAUCACAUAUGGCGUAGCUUCGGCGUUAUUGUGGGCAUGUGGAUAUUUUUUAUCUUCUUGACUUCUGUUGGCUUUGAACUGAGGAAUAGUCAGACCGGUUCGUCGGUUUUAUUAUACAAACGUGGGAGUGAGAAGCGACAGUCCACUUCGAUGGAAGACAAAAACAAUCGAGAGCCUAGUACUGAUGCAGGGCUUUCUUUGACAAAGGAUUUGAAACAAUCCACGUUUUCCUGGAACAAUUUGGAUUACCAUGUCCCUUUCCAUGGGCAGAAAAAGCAGUUGUUAGAUCAGGUGUUUGGAUUUGUUAAACCGGGGAAUUUGGUGGCCUUGAUGGGCUGCUCUGGUGCUGGAAAGACGACAUUGCUAGACGUAUUAGCCCAGCGCAAAGACAGCGGCGAAAUUUACGGGUCCAUCUUAAUCGACGGGCGCCCACAAGGGCUAAGUUUCCAGCGAACUACAGGAUAUUGCGAACAGAUGGAUGUCCAUGAAGCCAGUGCUACUGUAAAAGAAGCACUUGUCUUUUCGGCAAUUCUCCGACAACCAGCGUCGGUUCCUCAGCAAGAGAAGCUUGAAUAUGUCGACCAUAUCAUCAAUCUCCUGGAAUUAACAGAUAUUCAAGAUGCUCUUAUUGGAGCUCCCGGGGCCGGUUUGAGCAUCGAACAACGAAAGAGGGUUACACUGGGUGUUGAGCUGGUGGCGAAACCCACGUUACUCUUCUUAGAUGAGCCUACAUCAGGCUUAGAUGGACAAUCAGCGUACAACAUCAUCCGCUUCUUGAGAAAGCUUGUCAAUGGUGGCCAAGCAGUCCUCUGCACCAUCCAUCAGCCCUCGGCUGUGCUAUUUGACGCAUUUGACUCGUUGCUUCUCCUUGCCAAAGGUGGAAAGAUGGCUUAUUUUGGUGAAACCGGUCAAGAGUCUGCACAAGUGCUAGACUACUUCGCUAAAAAUGGCGCCCCUUGCCCUCCAGAUUCCAAUCCAGCAGAACACAUUGUAGAGGUUAUCCAGGGUAAUGCGGAACAAAACAUUGAUUGGGUCGAUGUGUGGAAUCGGUCGGAAGAGCGCCGGCGUGUGAUCACUGAGUUGGAAGAACUCAAUAACAAAAGCAGAGCCGACACAAAAGAAGAAAGCGAAGAAAGUCAAUCGGACUAUGCAACAUCUCAUUGGUUCCAGUUUUGCACGGUUCUGAAGAGAAUCAUGGUUCAGCUCUGGCGGUCACCUGAUUAUAUGUGGAAUAAAAUUAUUCUCCAUAUCUUUGCAGCUCUCUUCAGUGGUUUCACAUUUUGGAAGAUGGGAAACAGCUCUUUUGAUCUGCAACUCCGUCUAUUUGCCAUCUUCAAUUUCAUUUUCGUUGCUCCCGGGUGUAUCAACCAAAUGCAGCCAUUUUUCUUGCACAAUCGCGAUAUUUUCGAGACUCGGGAGAAAAAGUCCAAAACAUAUCAUUGGGUAGCAUUUAUUGGUGCACAAGUGGUAUCCGAGAUUCCUUAUUUGAUCCUCUGUGCCACAGUCUACUUCGUUUGCUGGUAUUACACAGCUGGCUUUCCCAGCACAUCCAGUGUUGCCGGACAAGUUUAUCUCCAAAUGAUCUUCUACGAAUUCUUGUAUACCUCACUCGGGCAAGCCAUUGCGGCCUACGCACCCAACGAAUAUUUUGCUGCCAUCAUGAACCCCGUCAUCAUCGGCGCCGGAUUGAUCAGUUUUUGCGGUGUCGUGGUCCCUUAUUCCCAGAUGCAACCCUUCUGGCGGUACUGGCUCUACUAUCUCGAUCCAUUCACCUACCUGGUCGGCGGACUCCUCGGCGGAGUUCUAUGGGACGUCAAAGUCGACUGUGCAGCCUCAGAGCUGGUUCAUUUUAGCGUUUCGUCCCUGAAUCAGACAUGCGGCGAGUAUAUGGCGGAUUUCUUGGCCACGCAGACUGGGUAUCUCGUUGAUCCGCAGUCAACUUCGACGUGCUCAUUCUGCCAGUACGAGACCGGGGCGGAUUAUGCAAAGACUUUCAAUUUGACGGAGAAGUACUAUUCUUGGCGAGACACUGGCAUCACGGCGUUGUUUUGCAUCAGCUCGUAUUCUUGUGUCUUUGUCAUGAUGAAGUUGAGGAGUAAAAAGACGAAGAGUGCGAGGUCCGAAUAA